AUGCCUCGGGAAUCACCAGUGGCACCUCUUCAAUUACAAACCAAUGACAAGGAAUCGCCGAUGACCCCUUCUAUGAUAGACAACGGCCACAUAGAAACCCCGUCGACUGUUCAGUCUGCGGAGUCCUGGAAUCCACCCGGUGAAACACAUCCAUCAACCGAUCUAUCGCCUCAGAUGUGGUGGGAUCCAACCCAGCAGGACCCAGGAGUAGCCAUGAGCGCCAUGUAUGGCUUCGAUCAUCUCAGUGCAUUGGAAGAUAUAUUCGCUUAUACAGGCGCGACGCUUCCACCAGAACCUUCCGUGACCCUACAGACCGCAUAUGGCCAGCAGAUUCCUAACCUUGUAUCGCAAGCCUCACCCGCCAACACAUAUUACGAUCGUGUUAUGGAUCUUUCAUCUACAGAGGCUUUUGGCAUUCCACAGGCCGACGAGGAGUAUCUUCGUAGUCAAGGGUGUUUCCAGCUCCCUCCCACUCAGGUUUUCCGAGAAAUGAUGCUACUUUAUUUCCGAAUAGUGCAUCCCAACCUUCCAGUUAUCAUUGAAGAUGAAUUCUGGGCAUUGUGGGCGAGUGGGAGCUUUAGUUUAGGAGAUUGUUCGUUACUUGUCGUUCGAGCAAUGAUUUUCACAACUUGUAGCCUCGUUGGAGAAGAAACACUGGCAGCACUUGGCUUCCGCAGUAAGCGGGAUGCAACCGCUGCGUAUUAUCGAAUGGCCAAGCUACUUUUUGACUUCGGAAUUGAGCGCGAUGCAGUCGCCAACGCUCGAGCGUGCUUAUUGCUGAGCUAUCAAACGCCCAGUGACAACAAGUUCCGCAUCAAUAGCUUAUGGCUAACCCAUGCGAUUCGUUUCGCUCGUAUCGCGAAAGCAGAUUCCUAUCACCGCUUCCGUGAGGACGAACCUGGCAAGUCAAAGAUCCUGAAAAGGCUAUGGUGGGCGGUUUUGUUCCGGGAUCGGAUUAUCUCUAUAGGCGUACGCCGCUCUCUUCAAGUGGAAAUUGACCCGAGCUGGGAAACGUUGGACAACACCCCAAAGCUUCAAGAGCAGCAUCUGUUACAAGCGGACGACUUCUCGACGGRGCUUGGCCAGAGCCCUGUACAUGGAUUGGAUACACAAUUGAGGAUCGUGGAGAUGAUCAACUGCACAUGUCGGCUGGUUUAUUGCCUUUCGAAACCUUUGAAAGUCCUGUACAGCUAUGAAGGUCUUGAGGAUCGGCUCGAUGUAGCCUCCCGCUCCCUUCGAUCUACCAUUAUUGACAUUCAAACGUCCAUCUUGUCCCUUCGCACCUGGCAUGAUGAAACGAUCUCGAAAUUCCCAUUUCCUUUGAGCCUGGAUGACCUCGAUGAGGUUAGGGAGGCCGUUUCUGUGUACGGAAAUAUGAUCUUUUGCUACUACGCAGCGUGUCUCUUUGCGCUCAGCACCUACCUGCUUCUGAUCUACGAGAUGAUUCCGGCCUCGCGAGUCUUCUUUGAGGAAGACCUAGUCGAGGAGUGCGAAGAAUCGCUCGAGAUCUCGAACUCGGAAAUAGCGCGCAGGAUGCAAGAGCUGGUCCAGGUGCGACUCGUCAAAUACAUCCCGAUCAGCGCGGCGCCCAUUAUUGGACCACCAUUGGUUCUGCAAGCGAUCAACGUCGCGGCGAGUAGAGGAACGCGGCUCGAAGCCGUAGAAGGUCGGAAACUGGACGUCUUCACACGCACGUUACAAAGUCUCCAAGAGAGAUUCGACGGCAGCGACUUUUGUGCGGAGCUCAUGCAGAACAUUAUUGGCUUUGCCAGAGAUGAUGAGGCAUUGACGCAAUCUAUGACUACCUGGCGGAAUAAUGGUCAUAGUGGAAGCGCGCCGAUUAAGAAGGGAGAAAUCAGAGUUGGUUGGAACAACCUGGUGCAUCAAAAGCCAAGACUCUUUUUGAGAUUGAUGAUGCAUUUGGACCAUGCGGUUUGUACUGGAGGGCCGCCGCAGGAGAAGGAUUUUCCGACAGAGUUGAGGAGAAGUACAAUGUGA